AGGGAGUCUGUCUCCUGUCUGUACCCUCCAUUUCAGCCCUUCCCUUUCCUCAUUUCCCCAUUUGAAUGAAUAACUAAUUGAUCGACUGCUCAGUGACAGGGUGGGGCAGAGUGACAGGUUGUACCUACACCCCACGCCUAUUUCUCUUGCUGUGGGGAGUCUGGCCUCACCUGAAAGGAAGAUUUAGGAGGAACCUCGAGGGCUUUAUAAGGCAAGCCUGGAGCAGAAUGCAGAGCAGAGCUGACCCAGUGCCACCACAGCCAACCAUUCCCCAGCUCUGCGGACACGAUGUCUCGACUAUGUGUGUGCAUGCUGGUCUUAGUGCUGGCUCUAGCUACCCUCGCUGAAGCUUCUUGGAAGCCCCACUCCCAGCUACAGGAUGCAUCCUCUGGACCAGGGACCCAUGGGGGCCUGGAACAGCACCAGCUGGGACCAGCCUCUCACCAUCGAAGGCAGCUGGGGCCCCAGGGUCCUCAACACUUCAUAGCAGACCUGUCCAAGAAGCAGAGGCCACGAAUGGAGGAAGAAGAAGAGGCCUAUGGAUGGAUGGACUUUGGCCGCCGCAGCGCUGAGGAAGAAGAUCAAUAUAACUAGCAACACUCUUCCAGAACCCAACCAUCUCCAGCCACCCCCAGCUCAGUCCUUACAAACAUAUUAAAAAUAAACUAGCUUCCAAUGUAUCCCUGAGUCACGUCAUGGGCUUGAGUGGAGAGGGGUUGAGGCAGGAGGGAGAGCUGAGUAUACACCUUAGAGGCAGACCUGAGAGUAGCCCUGAUCAAGAAUCUACCUGGCUGUGCCUGGAUUGACAGAGCUUAAGCAGUUAAGCUUACUGCUCUUUCAGAGGAUUCUGGUUCCGUUCCCACCACCCAUACUGGGUGGCUCACAGCUGCCUAUAAGUUCAGUUAGAGGGAAUCCAAC